AUGGGCCCUUAUCUUGGCCUCCGGGGCAUGCCCCUGGUGAUAGCCAUCACCGCCGCUUGUUCUACUGGUUUCUUACUCUUUGGAUACGACAAUGGCGUCUUGUCAGGCCUUACAACCGACGAACUCUUUCUCACAAUAAUGGGCAACCCCAACUCCACCUUACUCGGCUUUAUCGUGGCCGUCUAUGAACUUGGCUGUCUCGUCGGAGCUCUAGCCUCUUUCUUCUGGGGCGAAGCUCUAGGUCGUCGUUGGCUAACCGUCUCCGGCGCCGUAUGGCUCAUUAUUGGUACCGUGAUCCAGUGUGCAUCGUAUGACCAAGCGCAAAUGAUUGUGGGCAGAAUCGUGACUGGGUUCGGUAUGGGGUGUAUCACUUCUGCGGUCCCGAUUUGGCAGUGUGAAACCACACCCGCGCAUUUGCGUGGGAGGACGAUGGCGAUUGAAUUGUCAUGUUUGAUUGUUGGUAUCGUAGUCGCUUAUUGGAUCGAUUACGGUGCAAGUUCGUACACGAAUGGGUUUCAGUGGAGGUUCCCUAUUGCGUUCCAGAUUGUGUUUGCGAUUAUGUUGAUUGCUAUGUGCUUUUUUCUACCCGAAAGUCCAAGGUGGCUUGCAAGUCAUGGUCGUGAGCAGGAAGCUCUUGAGAUUAUCUGCCUUCUUCGUGACGGCAACCCGGGGGAUGAAAAUAUUCGCGCCGAAAUGGCGGAGAUUAAAGAUGCCAUUGCUCUUGAGGAAGAGGAAGCCGGUAGCUGGAAAGACUGCUUUCGUGAUGGAGGCGUCAUGGGCUGGCAGCGUGUUGCUAUUGCGUGCUCAGCGCAGGCUCUGCAGGAGUUUACUGGCACCAACAUCAUUACUUACUAUGCUCCAUAUGUUAUGGUGAAUAGUGUCGGAUUGAAUGCUCACCAAUCCUUGUUGUUGUCUGGAGGUCUUCAGCUGUGGUUCCUUGUUGCGUCUAUUCUUCCUUGGUUCUUCCUUGACAAGAUUGGACGUCGCAAACUUUUCUUCCUCGGCAGUGCCGGUAUGGGUGCUUGCAUGUUGAUAUCCGGCCUGACGAUUCGUGCCGGCGGCCAUAAUAACGGUAUUGGCGCCGUGGUAGUUCUCUACAUGUUCCAAGCAUUCUUUACCUGGGGCUGGAUGUCCAACAUGUGGGCCUACCCUAGUGAAAUCCUUCCCAUCCGUCUCCGACAAACCGGCUCCGCGCUAUCUGUCGUCUGGCAAUGGCUCAUCACCUUCCUCGUCGUCGAAAUCACACCCGUGGGAAUCCAAAACAUCGGCUGGAAACUUUACAUUGUCUUUUGCAUCCUCAACUGGGCCACUAUCGUCGUCGUCUACUUCUUCUAUCCCGAGACGGCAGGAAAGACGCUGGAGCAAAUCGAUUUCUUGUUUGCCAGUCAAUCGAGUUUGAGGCAGGUGGUGAAAUUGAGUCAGAGGAAGGAUUUGGAUGAGAUGGCUGCUAUUAGGGAGGCGCAGGCGCAGGCUCAUCAGCAAAAGUUGGAGGCAAAGCAGGUGGAGGAUGUUGAUGCUGGUGAGACCGUUGAGUAG